AUGGAGGUGCCCAUUCCGGCCUUCGUAGUCGACGUCGGCUCGCUCGCGACGCGCGUGGGCUACGCGGGCGACGACUGCCCAUGGCAGUUUCAUCCGUCCUUCGUCGGCAUCUCCGCCUCCUCGAAGGAGCUGCGCUUUCCGCUGUCGUUCAGCGAGAAGCGUCGCCACCUCGCCGUCGAGCCGUGCCUCUAUCCCACCUUCCCGUCUGCCUCCUCGCUCUCCCCUUCUCCCUCGUCAUCUCCGGCGUCGCUGCUGCCUUCCUACUCGCUCCACGAGGACGCAUUCGAGUGCAUUCUGCGUUCCUCCAUAUCGUGCUGUCUCUCGCCCUCGCCUGCGGCCUGCGCACCGGCGGGCGACUUCUGCGCGCCUGACGACUUCGGCGCUGCGGGCGAGAGUCUGCGGGACUUCCCGGUGCUGCUCUCUGAGCCGAAUCUGCACUGUCGUGCACUCCGAGAGAAGAUGGUAGAGUUGGCCUUCGAGAAGCUCGACGUGCCCGCGCUUUACCUCGCGCCGCGGGCGAUGCUGGCGUGUUUCGCGGUCGGGCGCAGCGGCGGACUCGUCGUCGACGUCGGCGCGUCCUCGCUCUCCAUCGCGCCCGUUGUUGAGGGCUUCUGCCUGCACCGCGAGGCAGGCGAGUGGCCUGUUGCGGGCGACUUCCUCGAUCGCGUCUUCAGCUGCGCGCUGACGCGCCACAACCUGCCUCUGCUUCCGCUCUUCGCGACGCACAAGAAGUACGGGGCUGGCGCCGGGGGGGGAGGGGGAGGCGCCUCCGCCUCCGCGCCACUGCUGGGCUCCACCCGCCCCCACGCCGCCUCCAGCGCGGCGGUCGGCGCCGACGCCGGCGCCAAAGCGCGGGCGCAGGCGCGCCGGCGCGAGCUGCUAGACUGGGAAGGCGUGGAAGAAAGCUUCCUUUACCAGAGUCAAGCGGCCGCGCUGCGCCACAUGCGCGAGACCUUCUGCAGUCUUUUCCUCGGCGAGGCGCCGACCGCGGCGGAGCCCAAGCCCGCGGCUGCGACGGGGGGCCCGGGUCUCGCGCCCGAAAAAGCCCCACAGAAGUGUCCCCUGCGGCCCCUCGCCCUGCCGGCGCCCGCGCGUGAGAAGGCCUUCGCCCCGUCGCGCUGGCUCGCGAUGCUGCCCGCGCCCGGGGGCAACGUGCGCAGCCUCCACGGCGCCUCCGUCGCGCUGCUUGGCUCUCAAAACGCCCUCGAACUGCCCGAUGGGACGCGCCUGCAAGGCGACGAGCUCAGCAACACGAUCCCAGAAGUUCUUUUUCAUCCGCAGGCGAUCCUGCAGCCGCUCGCUGAGGAGGAAGCGUGGGUUUGCGAGCCUGCAGUGGAGGCCUUCCGCGGCAUCACCGAGGAGAUUCACGCGGUCGCCAGCCGCGUGGAGGCCGAGGCGCGGAAGGACGUUUUCAACGGCAUUGUUCUCGCCGGCGGCUGCUCGGGCAUUCCAGGGCUCUACGAGCGGCUCAGUCGCGAGCUGACGCGCGACGCGUCGAUUACGAUGGGACUUAAGUGGAGACUCCUCGCGCUGCCUUCGCUUUUUGAGCGCCGCAUCUCCUCGUGGAUCGGCGGUAGCAUCCUCGCCUCGAUGAGCGCCUUCCAGUCUCUCUGGUGCAGCCGCGAAGAAUACGAUGAGCAUGGCGCCUCCAUCGUGGAACGAAAAUGCUACUAA